UGCGGCACACCUGCAUACAGCACCUGGCGAAAAUUGCACCUGCGACGUCGAUGUAGUCUGUAUGGCUAAUCAUAUCUGUCUCUUGGCUAAUGAUCCUCAAUGUACUAAAGUGCUAACUCUCUGUAAUUUCCCAGUGUACUGUGACUCAACAUGGUAUGGCAUCCUGCUCUUCUGGCGUCAUGCAUACUUGAAUGGAAAGCUUGGUUGUCACCAUGGCAUGAUCUGCUGCU